AUGGCGCCAACAUGCUCAGAUCCUCGUCAGAUCGUCAUCACUCUCAACCCCGCGCGUCGCCAAGCCCUCCUCAAGCUCGUUGAUGAGAUCACUACUUACAUGAGUGAUCAACUACAAGCUUCCGACGAUGAGCUUGGCCCUGUCCUAUCAACGCCUCGAAACGAGAGCGGGCCUUCUACACCAAGAGACGAGAAUAGAUCGUUGACACCCAGAAAUGAUGACUCUGAUAGAAAUGCUCAGCAGCAGCAGCCGAACAAGUCAUCGGCGCAAGCACUGCGCAUCCAGAAAGCUGCCAUAAAGCACUUGAAGGAAUGGAAAAAGGAAUUCAUGCCCAAGCUAGAGGAGAUUGUUCGUGUCAAGGAUGAUCACAAGAUUCAGGAGGAAAGGCGCAAACAUCAACAGGAGGCAGAAAAGAGGAAGCUCGAUACACCCGAAGAAGGCGAGAAUCUCAUCAGUUUUGGAGAGAAUAAGAUUGACAAGUCUGAGAAUAUUGCUUUACAGGCUUUGUAUCAUCCUAUCCCAACAAGACUGACGACGAUCCCUGCUGCCGACAGAAGAGAGGCUAUAUCAUGUAUCCUACUCCUUCUGCUCUCCACGGGCAAGUAUUCCGCCCAUACACGAGCGCUUGCGCUCUAUCUUGCUUCCUCUCUGGAGAUUCCUCAGACUUUCAUCACCAAGGAAGAAAUGGAAAUUGCCAAGACUCUUCUCGAAUCCUCCAAGGACCAAGAUAAGCAGCAGGAUGUCAUGUCUGCGGAGGCCGAAGCUUCCAAGCGCCGAGAAGAGAACAAGUUCAGUCGAUUCUGGAAAGUUGGGCUUGCUUCUGUUGCUGGUGCAGCUGUGAUCGGCGUCACUGGUGGUCUGGCAGCACCUCUUGUCGCUGGAGCUGUCGGUGGUAUCCUCGGUGGUGUGGGCUUGGGGGGUGUUGCUAGCUUUCUUGGUAUUUUCUGGAUGAAUGGUGCUCUUGUAGGCGCUCUUUUUGGUGCCUAUGGAGGAAAGAUGACUGGUGAAAUGAUGGACAAAUACGCGAAAGAAGUCGAGGACUUUCGCUUCAUCCCUCUUAGGGGCGAAUGGGGAGAGGUCUUUAAUGCAGAACAGGAUCAAACACAAGCACAGGAACGGCGACUGCGUGUUACAAUUGGUAUCAAUGGCUGGCUUCGCGAUGAGGAUGAUGUGACUAAGCCAUGGCGUAUCCUUAGUGACGACACUGAGGUCUUCGCUCUGCGCUAUGAGAUGAAGUCUCUCAUUGCCUUGGGACAUGCUCUGCGAAGCAUGGUCGAAUCGUUUGCCUGGAAGAAGCUCAAGGUCGAGAUCAUCAAACGUACUGCCUUUGCCACCCUGCUUGCGGCUCUUUGGCCUAUCCAGGUACUUGCUGCUGCAUCCAACAUUGACAAUCCUUUUGGUCAUGCACAUAACCGAUCUCGAAAAGCAGGCCAGCUACUCGCUGACGCUCUGAUCAACAAGGUUCAAGGCGAGCGGCCUGUUACUCUAAUCGGAUAUUCCCUUGGCGCUACAGCGAUUCAUGCCUGCUUGCAGUCACUUGCUGAGCGGCACGCUUUUGGGCUCAUUGAUUCAGUUGUCAUCAUCGGCGCUCCCGCUCCUUCAGCCCCCCCUCACUGGCGUACCCUCCGCACCGUGGUCUCGGGAAAGAUCUUCAAUGUCUAUUCAGAGAACGAUAUGAUUCUUGGAUUUGUCUACCGCGCUCACAGUCUUUCCAUGGGUGUCUCAGGCUUACAGAAUAUCCAAGAGGUUGAAGGUAUUCAGAACCUCGAUCUCAGCGAUUCCGUCAGUGGACACCUCCGAUAUCCCGAUCUCAUUGGCGAGAUUCUCAACAAGUGUGGAUUUGUUGGAAUCAAGACAACAUCGGAGAUCGAAAAGGAUGAUGUGAUUUUGAUGAAGGACCGUCAUGCCGAGGGCGAGUUGAUCAAUUUCGAAGGGACUACAGUUGAGGGAAAGGAGAGUCCUCAGUCGCCAAACCAAGAGCAGAUCGAAAAGGAUCUUCAUGGACUCAACAUCUCUCCUCCGGCUCUUGCAUCGCCAUCGCAACCUCCAGACCAAGGAAAGUCACUACAGCAGUCCAGCACUGAGAACCCACCGCUUCCUCAAAGGCCCACUCCGCAGGACAGGGAAGAAGAAGCACCAAAGCUGCCCCGACGGCCCGUAGCGAGCCAAGCACAGCCAUCAUCAGCACCAGAUGAUGAAGCUGGACCGCCAUUGCCCCGACGUCCUACGGAAACCCAACAGGAAGACAGGCCUACUAUUCCCCGCAGACCAGUUGGAGCAGAUAAAGAGGUGAACCCUCCUCUUCCUCGACGUCUUGAAUCUUCACAUGAUACUCAUCAACAACAACAACGGCCGUGGACGCCCGAGUCGAAUCUUACAGAUGAUGAGGAGUAUGGGCACAUUGCUAUGGUGAACUAUGACAGCGACCACAGUACAAAAUGA